UUUCUCCAAUGCACUGGUGCGGCACCUCCUCUGCUUCCUUCGCCAAGAAGCAGUCCUGGGAUCUCUUCCUUCACUACCUACUCGAGCGAGAGCGUGUAGCGCUCCGACGCGCUCGGGGAGAGCCGCCUUCCAAAUGGACAAAUGACAGUGUAUUGGCAGAGUUUCACUUUUGCCACCACAGACGCGAGGACGACCGAGGGUCCAGGGUCAUCCGGGAGAUCCUUCACAGAAGAGAUCCUAGAAAACCUCACUUUCUCUGGAACGUGAUCACUCACAGAUGGCUGUCCAAUCCUCCCUACAAUAGAGAGCUGGGAUAUAUCAGCAAUUUAGAUGAUGCACUACAGAAGUUUGCGGAAUGGGAACGUGCAAAACAGCGAACCGGCAAAUCUUGGAGAACACGGGCAUUCACCUUCUGUGCACCGUACAAGGUUGUUGUCGACGCAAUGAAAGUGAACUGGCACUUAUCCGCCGACGUGGGAAAAUCCCUUUUUGGUCCCCCAGAUAAUCCCCGUGAGCCGAGUUUUCAGGAGGUGUACGGGAAUAUGCUUCGCUUCGAGCUUGUGGGCGAUUUUCAUGCAUAUCAAGAGUCCUGUGACAUGUUCAUGUGCGGACUCAUACCAGCGCCGACCGCGCCUGUACCUGGUCCUGGUGCCAAAAAAGGGUUGGAGAUCCUAGGCUACCGUGAGCUCACCGGGUAUAGUAUCAAUCGCUUGACGGUCAGGGUCAACAAAUUGCUACGCAAUGCCUACGAGACACUUGACAAAGGAGACGUUCUGCACACAAACGAUCCAUUAGUUUUGCGACCUUUGGACGUUGAGCAUAUUCUUUGCGAAUUUCAAAAGUAUGAACGGCUUGUAGCGGACCCGUCGCGUGGAGGUUCGAGAUUGUACAAGGCACAGGACGUGGCAGUCGACGCCGACAAUGAACUCGAAGCAUAUGGCUCGGAUUCUGAAACCGGGCUACGUGAAAACAAGCGUACAUCUGUCCGCACACCUGUCCGAAAGCGGACUUUCAAAGAGGUCGCAACUCCGGAAUCACCUGACGAGGAUGACUUUGCCGAUCUUCAAGAUAUGCGCAAACAAGCGAGAGAAGCAUGGGAGCGGAUCGAACGGGCCGCGAAAUCUGCGAACCCAAAAGCGUACUGGGAAAGCGAUCUGAAGAACACCUCAACUCUGAAAAGAACUCGACACUCGAAAGAUGCGAGUGUUGUAGUGGAUUCUCCUACCCCACCACCAUUACAGAGCGCGGACCUAACAUCAUAUGAAGAUCAUUCGUACAUAACUGUCACCCCGAAGAGGUCCACGCGCCUUGCAUCAAUAUCCAAUACCUCAAGGCAAACAGGGAGCUAUUUUGGCUCUCGACGACGAUCGUAGCGAAUACGCCGCGCUACACAACGACAACCUCAUCUCACUCUUGAGAAAACCGAAAAUAUCGUCUUCAGCCUACUCAGUGAUGACGAGGAUACGAAUGACCACUAUCGGACAUCUCCGCGAUGUCAGAUACUACACCUUGACUAGUGGCUUCGUCACGCGCGAACGGAAAACCUUCCUGGUGACUAUGCGGUAGCUGGUAUUUAAAAACAUUGUUUAUUCAGGUAUUCUGUGCUACCUUGCAUAUGUCGUCACCCUUACCAAUUCAUCAGACCACAGGACAUUCACAAAAGGGCAAAAGAUUAGGGCACUCCAUCAACUAGUAGGUGACUGAGGCUCAGGGGGACUCAAUAGCUUUACGUCUCGCACAUUGUCUGAGUGAGGCGGGACGCUAUCUGUUGGGAGCUAGGCGAUCGCCACUUGGAUUGAUCUACAGCAUUCUUCUCGGUGCGUUCAAAUGGAGAUGUCAUCAGUAGUCGCAUUAGCAAAUACGAGUACUAGCAUAACCCUGCUUGAUAUUAUGUUAAUUAACUAUAUACAAGUGAUACCUCCGCAACACGACCACCGGCCACCGUGCAAGAUGUCUACAUAACCUUCACCUAAACAAUCGUUUGACAAUCCC